AUGAACGCAUUAAAACAUAGGCGUGGUAUUGCAAAGGCCACUUUAACUCGUGCGGUUGAAUUUAUAACAUCCAUUGAACAAUUGACAUCAUUGGAGAUGUUAGAAAUUAGAUUAAAUAGGGUGAUUGAAGCAUGGCAUGAAUUCACUACCCUACAUUAUGAAUGUCUUCAGCUUGUGGGGGAAGGUGAGGCCGAGGAGUUUAAUACUGAUUUCGGGUUAUAUGAAGACAAAUAUUUCGAAGCCCACGCGGGGUUGACUGUAGCAAUACGUGAAAGGAGUUCUAAAAAUUCAAACAAUGCCGUGUUAGAUUCUUCGGCAAAAACUCCUGAAAAAAUAAAACUGCCACCAAUUGUGAUUCCGAAGUUUUCGGGUGAUUAUAAGGACUGGCCGUCUUUUCGUGAUUUGUUUCUGGGUUCGGUGGAUACAAAAGAAAACUUAUCACCGACUCACAAAUUUCAAUACUUAAAAUCUUUUUUAAGCGGAACGGCCGCUGAUCUAAUCCAACACAUAAAGGUUUCAGAUGUUAAUUACACUGAAGCAUGGGAUAGACUUGAAAAACGUUUUGAUAGGGGAACUUUAGUUGUUCAGUCCUUUGUUUAA